UUCAUUUUUCUCCCCCUCCUUCCCCGCCGCCGCAGCAGCCAACCAGCUCCGCCCAGCGACGGGACCAGCCACCAAUAGCGAGCGGCGGUUGGCCGGGAGGCCGGGGCGGCAGCCAAUGGGAAGCGGCGGGAGGCGGGAGCGGCGGCGGUGCGGCGCGGUGCGGUCGGAGCAGCGGAGCGGGGCCUGGCGGGGUCUGUGCAGCCGGCGCCAUGUCUAUUAUGUCCUAUAACGGCGGGGCCGUCAUGGCCAUGAAGGGGAAGAACUGCGUGGCCAUCGCUGCGGACCGGCGGUUUGGCAUCCAAGCGCAGAUGGUGACCACAGACUUCCAGAAGAUUUUCCCUAUGGGAGAAAGGUUGUAUAUUGGACUGGCGGGACUGGCCACGGAUGUGCAGACGGUUGCCCAGAGACUGAAGUUCAGGCUGAAUCUCUACGAGCUGAAGGAAGGCAGGCAGAUCAAACCUCAGACUUUUAUGAGCAUGGUUUCCAAUCUGCUCUAUGAGAGACGGUUUGGACCUUACUACACAGAGCCAGUCAUUGCCGGGCUGGACCCCGUAACACACGAACCUUUCAUCUGCUCCCUAGACCUGAUCGGUUGCCCCAUGAUAACCGAUGACUUUGUGGUCAGCGGCACCUGCUCCGAGCAGAUGUACGGCAUGUGCGAGUCCCUCUGGGAGCCCGACAUGGAACCCGAUCAUCUCUUCGAAACGAUCUCGCAGGCCAUGCUGAAUGCAGUGGACAGAGAUGCCAUCUCUGGAAUGGGCGUGGUAGUACACAUAAUUGAGAAAGACAAGAUCACCACCAGGACCCUGAAAGCUCGCAUGGACUAGCCCAGCACAUCUCCCCGUGUCUUUCACAUCCCAGUCUGCUUGGAACUUUUUUAAAUAAAACUCACCAUUGUAGUGAA